AUGACGACAAUUCCGACGACGCUGCUUGCUACUGCUGACCAGGGUGAACACGACCGACAGUCCGCCCACGGUAGCCGCCAGCCCUUACCCACGCCAUCCGCCCGUUCGCACUCUAGUACGUCCACAUCGACUGUAGUAAGAAGACAACGACUCCUACAACUACAAUUGCAAGCCGCGGAAGAGCGCGCGUUGAUACAAACCAGACUCAUCGAAGAAAAACUUGCAUUAUCAGCACAAGCACUUGAAGAUGAAGAGAACCUCCUCAUGCUCAAUAGGACACAGUCACGCGAGUCCCUACGUCUGCCUACAACCUCAGGUAUGGUGUAUCAAAAUAAUAUUAGUAUGCCUCACGCUAUCUCGACGGCUAUCAAUACUGAUACACAGACACAGCCUGAAAUGAUGCCUGUACCACCACACAUUCCUACACGCAGACUAGAGAAUGACAACACAAACAUGUCUAAACUCCUAGCCAGGCAAAUAAGCGCAAAGGAGCUGCCCUUGUAUAGCGGUGAGCCUGAUGAGUGGCCGUUGUUCUAUAGGCAGUAUAUAUCGACAACACGGCUGUGUGGUUAUAGCGACGAUGAAAACAUCGAACGACUAGCGCGCUGCCUGAAGGGCCGUGCGCGUGACGCUGUAUCUGCGCUGUUGGUGAGUGCUACAAACCUAAAACUAAUAAUAGACACAUUGAAGUUACGAUUUGGUAGACCUGAAUUAAUCAUAGAAGUCAUGUUGAAUAAAAUAAGGCUCAUGCGUGAAGUCCGUCAUGACGACGUCAAUCAUUUAAUAGAAUAUGCGACUGCAAUUCAAAAUGUUGUAGCUACGAUGAAAAUGACAGAAGAGGUUGGACAUCUGACUAAUCCCACUUUAAUUCGAGAAAUAAUAAGUAAACUGCCGUCACUAUUGAAAUAUCAAUGGAGUAUGUAUAUAUCGAAUAAAAAUGUAAAUAUUGUAUCUUUAUGUCAUGUAUCUGAGUGGCUCAUGACCGUAGCUAACGCCGCCACUUAUAUUGCUCCGCUGCCUAUAAGGACUGUAAAUAAUACUGUUGCGAAGCUGCCGACCAAGCCUGACCAUAGACCAUGGAGACCGGUGAUAGCUACAGUUUCAUCAUCAUCACCUACAUGUGUGCUCUGCAACGGUAAUCAUCGACUAAGUGAUUGUGAUGAUUUCAAACGGAUGACGAUAGACGACCGCUGGAAGUUGGUAACUGACAAAAAGUUAUGUUUCUCUUGUCUAUCUGUACGACACCAACUAAAAGCCUGUAAGAGAAAAAUUAAAUGCUCUGUUCCUGAAUGUGUCCGUGCUCAUCACACCUUGCUUCAUGCUGCCCCACGCGACGAGACUGAUGAUAGAGUAAUAUCCGUCAAUCAUGCCGAAACGACAGUGAACAACGACAGUCGAAGCUCGCGUGUAUUACUGAAGGUCGUGCCAGUCGUUGUAUCAGGUACAAAAGGUGACGUCACUACCUUCGCUCUCCUUGAUGAAGGCGCAUCUGUGAGCCUGGUUGAUGCUACUCUGCUCGAGAAGGCUGGCAUUACUGGUCCGACGACAAAUCUACACAUGCGUGGUGUGUCCGGAAUGUCAACCACAGAGACGGACUCAAAAAUAGUGUCAUUUAAUAUUCGCGGUUUGAAUGAAAAAAAUGUGUAUAGUGUAAAUAGUGUUCGUUCUAUAAAUAAUUUGAAUAUUGUACUAGAUAGUAUUUCAUAUAAAAAUAUUGUAAAUAAAUUUCCUUAUGUGACUGACUAUGUGACAGACUAUGACAUACGACCUAGAAAGAUUGAGUUACUAAUUGGACAAGAUAAUAUUGAGUUAAUUAUUACUAGACAAAUAAUACAAGGACAUAAGAACGGACCUAUAAUAUCUAAGACGGACUUGGGUUAUGUUGUACAUGGGAACAUAGGACUUCGUAGUAUAGCGAAUGACAGAACUAUAUUACAUCUAUGCUCUUGUGACGAAUUACACGACCUCGUUAAGAGAUCUUUUUCCACAGAGUCUUUCGGCGUGAAGCAGACAGGUGACUUUCCUCGUUCUCGAGAGGAUCAGCUGGCGCUGAAGAUUAUGGAACAGACCACGAAACUCUUGCCUCAAGGACGAUGGGAGACCGGCCUACUCUGGAGGUCUGAUGACGUUCAGCUCCCGAAUAGCUACCCACAGGCGAAGAGUAGACUUAUAGGUAUCCAGAGAAAAUUUCGUAGGUAUCCUGAGCUUGCUGUCAAGUAUGAGGAGAAGAUCCAGGAGAAUGUUGAUAAAGGAUACAUCUCAAAAUUAACUCCUGAAGAGGCCUCGAUCCAGACCAAUAAGACAUGGUAUCUUCCUCACUUUGCCGUUUUUAAUCCUAAUAAGCCUAAUAAGUUGCGAAUUGUACUUGACUGUGCAGCUAAGUCUGACGGUAAGUCACUCAAUGACUUCUUAUUGAGUGGACCUGAUUUUUUAACAUCUUUGCCUGCUGUAUUAUUAGGGUUCCGUCUAGGCAAAUAUUGUGUAAUUGGUGACAUCCAAGAGAUGUUUCAUAGAGUACUUAUUAGGGAAGAUGACCGACAUGCCCAACGACUUCUCUAG